AUAUUCAUUAAUUUUCAGACUUUUCCCUUUUUUGGUGUUGUUCCUGCUGUUCUCAAUGAAUCUGGAGAAGAACUGGAAGGAGAGGCCGAAGGUUAUUUGGUAUUCAAGAAGCCUUGGCCAUCCAUAAUGCGUACAAUUUAUGGCAACCAUCAGCGUUUUGAAACCACCUACUUUAAGAAGUUCCCUGGAUAUUUUGUCACGGGAGAUGGUUGCAGGAGAGAUAAAGAUGGUUAUUACUGGAUCACUGGAAGGAUUGAUGACAUGCUAAAUGUAUCUGGGCAUCUUUUGAGCACUGCUGAAGUGGAGUCUGCAUUAAUAGAACACACAGCUAUAGCUGAAGCUGCUGCUGUAAGUCAUCCCCAUCCAAUAAAAGGAGAAUGCCUCUACUGCUUUGUCACGCUGAAGGCUGGAUAUGAAUUUACUGAAACACUGGUUGCUGAACUAAAAGAUCAAGGUAACUGUUUCUGGAGAGUACUAGAGCAAAUUUAAGCUCAACAACUUGUUUAAAAAAAUUGAUGACAAAAUCUCAUCAUUACUUGUGAAAAUGGGCAUUGAAUAUGAUUUAUUGCCUCGGUGUGAUUAGUUACGUGGUUUGAAAAAAAAGUUUUCCUUCAUUUCUUACUUCCCAAAGACUUUUCUGUAAAGUGUAUGGGCUCCAAAUCGAAUAGUCUCAAGUAAUACAGGCUUGGGGGUUGUAAUGUUCAGCUGUCUGCGUCAGGUGCUGGAAGCCAUUCUCCAACUGAUUCUGACUUAGGAAACACUUGGUGCAAUAUAGAGCAAGGGAGGCUGUAAGAUUUUUCAAUGCUGUAGUGGAGGCCUUGGUUGAUAAGGUGGAU